AUGGCCGCGGACAGCGAUGCGGGCGGCCCGCGGGACCCCGAGCCGGGCCAGCAGCUCCGCGCCCUCUUCUACGCCCUGCCGCCCGGCGAGAGCUCCUUCCGCUCGGUGGAGGAGGUGCCCGACUACGUGGAGAAGAGUAUUCCAUUCUUCAUUACUUUCAUUGGGCUGGAAUUUGCUGUCAGCUGGAUUCAGAAGCGUAAACUAUCGGGUCGUAUUAAUGAUGGCAUAAGUUCUCUUUCCUUAGGUAUCCUGUCUCGACUGCCAGAUGUUUUAUUCAGAAGUGUUGACUUAAUUAGUUACAUCUAUGUAUGGAAUAACUACAGACUCUUUGAACUGCCCUGGGACUCUCCAUGGACGUGGUAUUUGACACUUUUGGGAGUGGACUUUGCAUACUACUGCUUUCAUCGCAUAAGCCAUGAGGUUAAUAUAAUAUGGGCUGCGCACCAAGUACACCAUAGUUCUGAAGAUUACAACUUAUUCACAGCCUUGAGACAAUCUGUACUGCAGAAAUACACCUCCUGGAUGUUCAACUUGCCCAUGGCUCUUUUCAUUCCCCCUUCAGUGUUUGCUGUUCAUUUACAGUUUAAUCUACUUUACCAGUUUUGGAUACACACAGAGGUUAUCACCAAACUUGGGCCACUGGAGUGGAUUCUUAAUACUCCCAGUCAUCACAGAGUUCAUCAUGGUAGAAAUCCUUACUGCAUUGACAAAAAUUAUGGCGGCACACUUAUUAUCUGGGACAGGAUAUUUGGAACAUUUGAGGCUGAAGAUGCAAAAGUUGUAUAUGGUUUAACACAUCCAGUAAAUUCAUUUGAUCCCAUCAUGCUCCAGCUACGUCCCUUGGCUCAUAUUUGGAACACAUUUUGGGCCACACCUGGAUUCUGCAAUAAGCUUUCUGUCAUAUUCAAAGGGCCAGGCUGGGGACCAGGCAAACCUAGACUUGGCCUUCCUGAGGAAAUCCCGGUGAUCACUGGAAAAGAAGUUCCCUUCAAUCCAAUUGUACCAGCUUAUCUUAAUUGCUAUGCAGUUGUACAUUUUGCUGUAAUAGUGGACUUGUACACUGAACUCCUUGCUACUGUGACUAUGUUAUCACAGGGAACUGUUCUCCUGAGAAUUGGCUUUAUCAUUCUGUCCCUGGCCUCUUUUGGACUACUUAUGGAGAAUAAGUCCAAAGCAGAAAUUUUGGAAAUCAUCCGCUGCUUAGUCUUCAUAGGUAUUUACAAACUUGGCUACUUUAGGAGUCAAUUUUCUUUCUUGGGCUAUGCAUAUGAGGUCUUGUUUUCCCUCUGUGCUGCAUUCUGGGGAAUCCAAAUCAUGAAGCGGAUCACUUCGUGCAAAGAUAAACGUCACUGAAAGAGCAAAUCUAUCUCUUUAAUUAUGGAAACAGCACUUUAGAAUAAUGUUCUAAGUUCCUUGGAAUUAAUCAACCAUGAAUCUUACCUAAUUGCAAUCAGUUCAGUUAUGAUAGGAGAGGUUUGUGAUUUGGUAAGAAUGUUUGAAAGCUUCUUUAGAGGGCGUAUUCAUUUUUAUUUGAUUUUUUUAAAGAAAUAUUUAAUUUCUCCCCAAUUUAAAUAAAACGUUCAUUCACAACAUGGAUUUUUUACGUUCAUAGGAUUGCAAAUUUUUGGAAACCAUGUAAAACUAAUUUCAUUUUUGCAGUAAUUUUGUUCGUAAUUAUAUGUGAAAAGUAUUUUUCACAAGAGGAAUUAUUAAAAUCAUAUUUGUUGUAACCCGGUGUAAAGUGACUGACUGUCUUCCUAGUGAGGCUAAACAUAAACAUAUGUGAAUGUCGGUUUUUCUGUAAUGAUUGAAUUACACCAGAAUCUCCCUGUCAUGCCCAAUUCAGUGUUCAUAACAUACAGCUACAUGAGGAUGAGUAGUCGUAGCAAGAAAAUGAUUAAAACCAGCAUGAUAAAAUAACUCGAACUAGUAUGAGUUGAAACAUCUUAAAUAAAAUUGGCUGAUGUAUGUGUUGUAUAAUGCA